CGCAGAUCACUGCAGCUGGACCCUGGCGCCGGUCUUAGCGUUGCGGGGUGAUCUCCAGGCACGCCAUAAGAGCGAGAGUGCCUCGGCGCGUGCUGUGAUGAGCGAGCAAGGAGGUCCGGCUGUGCACAUUCCGCUCGUAGUAUGCGGGCCACGGACAGCUAGUAACAUACUUCAAGGAAUCAUCACCUGUCAAGGCCUAGCUCCAGCCAACUCACGUCGACGGUGAGCCCUCGGUGGCACAGUAUAUCUACCUUCCAUCCCGACCUACUUAACCCGGACCUCCACCACGCACCAUGCCCCCCGGCGGAACCCUCGCAAGCACCCGGCCCAGCGUGGCCGGCCGCGCCCUCUCCGGCGUGACCAGCACCCUCACCUCGCCGCUCCUCACAGGCACGCUCCUCUACCUCCUCACGCGGGGCCCUCCACAUUUGCGCUCCCGCCUCUUGAAACCCUUCCAAUCCACCCACCCCGUCACCACCAACACACCGCGCGGCGUCGCCCGCCUCACAGCCCUCAUCACCCUCCUCAAGCUACUCACCGCCGCCAACGCCCUGCGCGCCGCCAACCGCGCCCUCAACGCCCUGGCCUGGAACAACUGGGCCCUGGGCCGCAGCGGCGCGGCCUGGCGCUUCGGGCCCGGCAAGGCCGAGCUCGUGCUUAUCACGGGCGGCAGCAGCGGGUUCGGGUACCACAUGGUGCAGGCGUUUGCGGGGCACGCGCGCGUGGUGGCCGUGGACGUUGCGGCGUUCCCUGCGGAACUGGAGGGGUUGUCGGAUGUGUUCUUCUACCGGUGCGAUAUCGCGGAUACGGCGGCGCUGGAGGGCGUGUGUGCGCGGAUUCGCCGCGAGCACGGGGAUGUCAGUGUGUUGGUGAAUAACGCGGGGAUCGGCAUCGGGAAGACGCUGCUCGAGACCUCCAACGCAGAGUCCCAGAAACUUCUGCAGGUAAACCUCAUCUCGCACCUCGUCCUAAUCCGCGCCUUCCUCCCCUCCAUGCUGCGCGCCCGCAAAGGCCACAUCGUCAGCAUCGCCUCCAUGGCGUCCUUCGUCGCCGCACCAGGCCUGGUCGACUACAGCAUCAGCAAGAUCGGCGCCCUAUAUCUAACCGAGGGCGUGCGCGCCGAGUGCCUCGCGCACUACGCCGGCGGCAGGGCCAUCUGCACGACCAGCGUGCAUCCGAGCUGGCACCAGACAGGCAUUCUGAAGGACAGCGGUAAGCAGCUUGCGAAGAGGGGGAUUGUGCCGGAUCCGCCGGAGCGCGUGGCUGAGGCCGUGCUGCAGCAGGUGUUGGCGGGGAGGAGCGGGAGGGUGUGUGUGCCGCGCGGGCAGGAGCGGUGGGCGGGCGUCAGAGGGUGGCCGCGGUGGGUGCAGGAUGUGGUGUUUGGGCUUGUGGGGCGGGGCGGGGUGGUGUCGUUUGCGGAGGAGAAGGAGGGGGGUGGGGAGGAGGCUGCGGGGGCGGCUGGGGCGUAGAGGACCGGAUGUUUGCUGGAUGGUGGGAAUGUAUGCGUUUCGCAUGAGCUGCUGCGAGUACGCCUCUUCGCGCACCUCGUGCUGCUCUGGAACACCAGCACCCCAUAUCCUAGUUCCCAUCAUUAUUUUGAAGAAAGUUGCACUGGCGAACCAAGUACAGAAGGAAUACACUUCUCCUCAAGCUUCGAAGAGCAGUGCGCCCGGUGCGAGUUCAAAGCACAGUUGCCCGACACCCAUCACAAAUGCUCUAAACAUGACCUCCUCAGGCAGUUCCG